AUGGAUACUUUCAUCGAAGCUCUGCCCGCCAUCGCCCAGAUCGGUUGCUUUAUCCUUAUAUCGGCCCUUAAGCUCGUCAUAGACAUCGGUUUAAGCAUUUUUAGAGGCAGAGCGCUUACUACUGGCAUUAACAUGGCGCUAAUAGCAGCCGAGCUAACCAACUAUGUCUACUCCAAGGGCGAGGAUCCCCUAGACGAGAUCAAGCAGGUCUUCGACAUUCUAAGCAAUACACCUACGGGCAAGUCGAGCUAUAAGCAGCCCAAGAAGAUCAAGAAGCACAGCGGCAAGAAGGGUGACGAAGGGAAUCACCGAUCUCGACCUAAACCUGGCACUGGCACAGGUAGCGGCGCUAGCCCCAGCACGCCCAAGCCCCCCAAGAAAAAGAAGUGCAACGUGCCCCCGAGACAGCGGACCAAGGUAAUAGCUAGCAAGAUACUUCAACUCCAAAGCUGCGACAGCAAUAACAAUAGGGUCACGGAGCAAUAUUACUUCAACACCAUGGCAUACCAUUCCACAGCGACGGAACAUCUGGUCACCAAGACUUCGGCUGCAACGGCAUCCCCGGAUCGCGAAGGUGCCAAAGCGACAAACGUGUGGAGCAAGGAGCAUGACAAGUCCUGGGAGGAAGAAAAGUACCGGGAACAGGAUAAAUGCGACAGGGACGAGUGGCCCCCCGCCUACUUCCUUGAACUCGAUGGUCCUGAAAUGCUAGAGGGGGGGCAAACCAAGAAAGGCCAACGUGUGCGCUUUUUGCCCAGUGAAGAUAACAGAAAAGCCGGCAAUGUGUGGAGGGGUGUAUGCUUCCACUCGGCCCUGGAAGAACUGAAAGACGACCUGCUGGAAUACCAAAGGAUGUGCCAAGCGGCCCCCAUCCUAUCAACAGGGCAGUUACCUCAAGGCAGCGGCGUAAGACACGUUAUCGAGCCCGUCAUCAACAUUCGCCCUGUUUUCACCUUCAGCGAAUACCAGCAUUCGGCAGCAGGCAACACACCGCUUCGAGAUGACGGCCUCUGGGAAAACAAAUGCUGGCCAAGCGGCAUUGCCAAGACUGACCCGGGCUGGGCCCUGUUGUCUAUCGAUGAGUGGCACGACAAGAACCCGAAUGCAAAGAAAUGGGACUAUAAGAAACCAUACGAUCCACCCACCAACGGUGACAAGCCCUAG